CAGCCAUUUUCUACGAAAAUUUUACCGACAUUGUUUCAUAUUUUCCGCCGUUAAUCCAAAUUUUAUCGAUAACUGUGCUACAAAAUAGGAAACCAUGUCCUACAGAGAUUCAUAUUCAUCUAGAUCAAGGGACGAUUACAGAGAUCGUGGGGACCGUGAACGUGAUUAUGAUCGAGGAGGGUCAUCCUCAAGGCAUCGCGACAUGCCGCUUGAAUGCAAGGUCUACGUCGGUGAUCUGCCGGAGCGAACAACUGAGCGCGACAUCCAUGAACACUUUGAGCGCUGUGGCGCCUUGAAGAACGUGUGGGUUGCCAGGAAUCCGCCAGGGUUUGCGUUCGUCGAGUUCACCGAUCCUCGCGAUGCUGAAGAUGCGGUCAGGCGAUUGGACGGCAUCUCUAUGAAUGGAUCAAGGAUUCGUGUGGAAGCUUCGACUGGUAAAGUGAAGCAAAAAUCUUGGAACAGACGUGGGCCCCCGAGGCCAAGACGGGCGUUCAAUCCUGACGACAGAUGCUUCGAGUGUCGGAGAACUGGACAUUAUGCCUAUGACUGUCCGAAUGUCGGAAGGAGGGGAUCAAGUAGAAGGUCGCGGUCAAGGUCAGCUUCACGGGGACGUUCCGGGCGAGGCAGACGCAGCUACUCUAGGAGUCGCAGCAGGAGCCGUAGCAUGAGCAGGUCCAGGUCCAGGUCCAGGUCAAAUGAUCGUCGCAGGCGAGAUAGGUCUCGAUCGCGCUCAGCCAGUCACCACAGCCAUCAUAGCAAUCAUAGUCACAAGGAUGAUAAAUAGCUAUCAUCUGGGCAUGAAUGGAGCGGUAUACAGGAUAGGCCGGUGAAAUAUGGCUAGCCAGACACGCUUAUCAUAUCCAAGAAGUACACUUGUGCACCUCAUAUUUCAUACAUGUACAGCAUGUGGCCUUACAGAUACAGUCAACAUUGAGAGGACGUGUCGUAUUUUCCUGUUUCUCCAACAGUGCUACCAAUAUUGAAUAGACACUUUGCAUUCUCCUGUUUGGUCUGAUAGAUUUGACCGAUACUAGUGAAUGGACACAUUUUUUUAUUGUGUAUGGUCAAGUUAGUAGAUGCAGCCAGCACUGGACAGACCCUUCAUAUUUUCGUAUAUGGUCAUGUAGAUGCAGCUAGCACUAAUUAAACACUUCAAAUUUCGAUGUAUGGUAAUGUAGAUGCUGGCCAAGUCAAAAAGAUGCAGCCAACACUGAAUAGACACUUGGUAUUUUCCUGUGCGGUCGUGAUUGUGAGGGAACUUGCCUAGGAAAACUAGUGUCUUUGUAAUUAAAAGUAUGAAAUAUGUGGAUUUACUCGAUCAAAGAUAUUAGAGACGUGGCUUACCAAAUAGCAAUAGAAUUGUCUGUUUGAACUUUUUCCCUCAAGCUUGAAAUCCUAAAAGUAUUUUUAUUCUGCCUGCUUGCUUCACUGAGGUCCAGUUUUUAAAAAAACAUUGUCUCAUGCAUCCUGUCCGAGUCUAAUAUUUCAGCAGACCUGAUAAAGAGAUUUUCAGCUUCUUGCGGAGCACCGAAAAGGGAAUUCUGUUAAACCUAAGUACUUGGCAUGUGCCAGAUCUCAAAUUAAAAAAAGUCGGUAAGCCGGAAAAGCAAGAUAAGACAUUUUGGAAAUCGUUUCCCCUUAGUCCUUGUAUUAUGGUACGUUUUUAUAUUUUCGGUGUGUAUGAAAUUCUGUAAAACUAAGUUAUUGUACAGGAACUCCUUCAUGAAAUAGGAAAUGUUUUGACAACAUUAUGAUUGUUGAAAAAAGGGUAAUAUGGUCACGUCCAGAAUUACUUCGUGAUCCUUGUCCAUUUACUUUUAUCUCAGAACUUCAUUAUAAUAUGUAUUUAUGUAUCAUUUUGUGUCGUGGUAGAUUAAAAGUGGAAGAAUAAAAUUUUUAUCAAAUUGAAAUA